AUGGUAUAUAAAGGGAACCUUUUCUUUGACUUGCUUCACUUUUGGCUCAAGCAUUCACUAAACUUUCAUAAAACUUUACAAUCAUUUAUAAAAGAAUCAAAGAUAAAUACUACAAUGAAAUUCUUCACCGUCUUAACAACUGUUUUUGCAUCUUAUAUGAUCUGUGCUGAAGCUGCUCCUUCAUUUGAAGUUAACAUGCCCCUCAAGAGAUCUUACAACGAGACGCUUGCAGCCACAAAUUCUACGCAACCAGGUGCUCAAGGAAGUCCCUCUCCAGGUGCUCAGGGUAGCUCAUUACCUUCAGCUCCUAAAGGUAACUCAACUCACUCACCAUUUAAAGGAAACUCAACGCACCCAGCAGGAAACUCAACCCAUCCACAUUUCAAUGAGACAAGAAGAUAUAUUAGAAUCUAG